AUGGAACACCCGCUCUUUGGCUGCCUGCGCAGCCCUCACGCCACGGCGCAAGGCUUGCACCCGUUUUCCCAGUCCUCUCUCGCCCUCCAUGGAAGAUCUGACCAUAUGUCCUACCCCGAGCUCUCCACUUCUUCCUCGUCUUGCAUAAUCGCGGGAUACCCCAACGAGGAGGGCAUGUUUGCCAGCCAGCAUCACAGGGGGCACCACCAUCACCACCAUCAUCACCACCACCACCACCAGCAGCAGCAGCACCAAGCUCUGCAAACCAACUGGCACCUCCCGCAGAUGUCCUCCCCCCCGAGUGCGGCUCGUCACAGCCUCUGCCUCCAGCCGGAUUCGGGAGGGCCCCCGGAGCUGGGGAGCAGCCCGCCGGUCCUGUGUUCCAAUUCUUCCAGCUUGGGUUCCAGCACCCCGACCGGGGCUGCGUGCGCGCCAGGGGACUACGGCCGCCAGGCGCUGUCACCCGCGGAGGCGGAGAAGAGAAGUGGCGGCAAAAGGAAAAGCGAUAGUUCAGAUUCCCAGGAAGGAAAUUAUAAGUCAGAAGUCAAUAGCAAACCCAGGAAGGAACGGACAGCUUUUACCAAAGAGCAAAUCAGAGAACUUGAAGCAGAGUUUGCCCAUCAUAAUUACCUGACCAGACUGAGGCGAUAUGAGAUAGCAGUGAAUUUGGAUCUCACUGAAAGACAGGUGAAAGUCUGGUUCCAGAACAGGCGCAUGAAAUGGAAGAGAGUAAAAGGAGGGCAGCAAGGAGCUGCAGCUCGAGAAAAGGAACUGGUGAAUGUCAAAAAGGGAACACUUCUCCCUUCCGAGCUCUCGGGGAUUGGUGCAGCCACCCUCCAGCAAACAGGGGACUCUCUAGCAAAUGAAGACAGCCACGACAGUGACCACAGCUCAGAGCAUGCACACUUAUGA